AUGAAUAAGCACCGUGUGCAUCGCCUGAUGGUAGUCAACAAAGACGAGCAGCUCGUAGGUGUCAUCAGUCAGUUUGGCCUACUGCGUGUGCUGUAUGAGAACAUAGACGCCCUUUAUAACUCACCCGACAGUCCCAUAUCAGCCUUUGGUUUGAGGAAAGAAGUCGUGACGGUACAAGAG